CAAUGAGUCUGUCACUGUGGGCCAGGCGUGGUCUGCACUGCUUGAAGCUCAGCCCAACUUUCUCAAUGUGAGCUGCACCUGGACUGCAAGUACAGCAGAAGUGGAUAGAAGAAGGGUCCUUCCAUGGGGGAAGCUCAAAGAGAUUCAGCCGCUCCGUCCAAUCAUCUCCAGCUCAGUGGAGAUGCUUAUAAUCCAGAAAAGGCCCAGGCCCUGGUGUCUGAGAACAACCUCUGCGUGCAGUAUGAGGAGAGGGUGCGGCCCUGCAUCGACCUCAUCGACUCCCUGCGGGCCCUGGGCGUGGAGCAGGACCUGGCCCUUCCCGCCAUCGCUGUCAUCGGGGACCAGAGCUCGGGCAAGAGCUCCGUGCUGGAGGCUCUGUCAGGAGUCGCCCUCCCCAGGGGCAGCGGCAUUGUGACCAGGUGCCCACUGGUGCUGAAGCUGAAGAAGCUGAGGCAGGAUGAGGAGUGGAGAGGCAAGGUCAGCUACUUGGGCUUUGAGGAAGACAUCCUGGACGUUUCCAAGGUAGAAGAGGAAAUCCUCAAAGCCCAGAACAUCAUCGCUGGAGACGGGCUGGGGAUCAAGGAUGAGCUCAUUAGUCUAGAGAUCGGCUCCCCCAGUGUCCCGGAUCUCACUCUCAUCGACCUUCCUGGGAUCACCCGGGUGCCUGUGGGCAAUCAGCCCGCUGACAUUGGUCACCAGAUCAAGCGCCUCAUCAGGAAGUACAUCGCAAAGGAGGCGACCAUCAACUUGGUGGUGGUCCCCAGCAAUGUGGACAUCGCCACCACGGAGGCCCUGAGCAUGGCACAGGAGAUGGAUCCCGAAGGAGACAGGACCAUAGGAAUCCUGACAAAGCCUGAUCUAGUGGACAGAGGCACCGAGGACAAGGUGGUGGACGUGGUGCAGAACCUGGUGUGCCACCUGAAGAAGGGCUACAUGAUCGUCAAGUGCCGUGGGCAGCAGGACAUCCAGGAGUGCCUGAGCCUGGCCGAGGCCCUGCAGAGGGAGAGGACCUUCUUUGAGGACCACCCACACUUCAGGGUUCUCCUGGAGGACAGAAAGGCCACUGUGCCCUGCCUGGCAGAGAGGCUGUCUGAGGAGCUCAUCGCACACAUCUGUAAAUCUCUGCCACUAUUGGAAAAUCAAAUAAAGGAUCUGCACGAGAAAACAGCAGAGGAAUUACAGAAGUUUGGCUUGGACAUCCCAGAAGAUGACAGUGAGAAAACAUUCUUCCUCAUAGAGAAAAUCAAUGCAUUUAAUCAGGACAUCAGUGCUCUAGUGGAGGGGGAGGAAAACGUAGGCGCUGAGGGCACCCGGCUGUUUGCCAGACUCCGAAAGGGGUUCCUAUGGUGGAGUUCCAAGAUCAAAGAGCACUUUGCGAAGGGUUAUGAUGGUUUACAUCAUGAAAUAUGUAAAUUUGAAAAUCAGCAUCGUGGCCGAGAGCUGCCCGGGUUUGUGAACUUCAGGACAUUUGAAAAGAUCAUCAAAAGGCAACUCCAGGCCCUGGAGGAGCCAGCCUUGGACAUGCUGCACGUGCUCACCAAUACGGUCCGGAAAGCCUUCACAGAUGCGUCUGAAAGGAAUUUCACUGAGUUUUUUAACCUCUACAGAAUCACCAAGAACAAAAUCGAAGACAUUCGUUUGAGCCAGGAAGAAGCUGCCGAGAAGGCAAUCCAUGUUUACUUCCAAAUGGAAAAACUUGUCUACUGCCAGGACCAGGCCUACCGGGAUGCACUGCAGAAGGUCAGAGAAGAGGAGGGCGAGAAGGAGAAGAAGAGCAAGGGCUCUCAGGCUUCGACCAGCAAUGCUAUGGCUGAAAUCCUCCAGCACCUGAAAGCCUACUCCCAGGAGGUUCACAGCCGCAUCUCCACCCACAUCCCCUUGAUCAUCCAGUACUACGUCCUGCAGCUGUUUGGCCAGCACCUACAGAAUGCCAUGCUGCAGCUGCUGCAGGACAAGGAGAGCUGCGCCUGGCUCCUGAAGGAAAAGAGUGACACCAGCGAGAAGAGGAAGUUCCUGAAGGAGCGGCUGGCUCGGCUGGGCCAGGCCCGGCGCAAGCUCGCCAAGUUUCCCUGUUAACCCGGCUCCCGGGCCUCAAGGGAGGACGCCCUGAGCCUCUCCUGAAGGCCAAGCCAGGGAGAUGGAGUCUCUCAGCAGGUUCUCAGUAGUCAGUGGCAGAGGCAGCCCUCUGUUCUUUAUGCAGUAUCA